UCCCGCGCGCCGGCUUCCGCCCUUCUCCCGUGCGCCGACUCCGCGGGGGGACAGAGUGCGGCGGCGCUGUCGUACUGACGGGCGGCUUCACCGUCUUCCUCUCGUCCCUGCAGAUUGAUGUGAUGCUGCGCGGAUUCCCUCAGGCCCGGAGGCUCCUCAGGCGGAUGGGGUUCGAGAAGGAGGAUGCCUACUUCUGGAAGCAGAUGGGCAAGGGCAUGCUCUGCACCUACGCGCUCUUCGGCGCCGCCUGGCUCUGGAACGAGACGUCUCCGCUCGGCUGGUGGACGCUCAAGCCGCGCCCCAAGGAAGAAAGAGAAAUGGCCCACCUUUACGAGCGCAGGAUGUUCCCAUAUCCAGGUGAUGAAGAGGCAGUUGAGGAAUUCAUAAAAAGUGGAGGUGCCCUAGGCACCACAAUUGGACCCAAAGGUUUUGCUGAUGCAAACAUGGACUCUGAUAACAUGCAGAAGCAAUUGCAGUCUAAAAAGUUUGAGCAAGAAGCACAGAAGCUCUGGUUUCGGAUGAGGAAUGAGGUCGUACAAGAGCUCCAAGAGAAGGGAUUUGAUGUUGAAUAAAGUUUUACUUCAGCAUGAACAGUAACAGAGUCAAGCUGAAGUAUGUGCAAACUGUUUAAGCUUGUUAGUCAUCUAGGAAAUUAGGAGCUUAAAAUUCAUGCAAAAUGAUAAACACCUCCUUUGCAGUCUUGAUAAUCUACAGAGCUUUCUAUUCAACUUCAAUCUGGUCUUGUUGGGUCACUGCAUGUUAUCCGCUACAGUACCUUGAAGAUCAUAUUAUCUGCUUUUUAUAAA